AUGCGCUUUCUCAACGUUUUGUUCUGCUCAACUGAGUGCUGGUAUCAGAAAGAGUAUACUACAGAACCCGAGCCUAAACCCGAGCCUGAGCGUGAUCCUGAACCCGAGCCUGAAGGGUGGAAUUCUAAUGAUGACACUAAUCAAGAAGGUCUACCUCUACGAGAGGCCCUAUCUCCCACUGCUGAACACUGUGAAGAUGCUCCUGGUCAGAUGGUGCGCUCGGAAAGCAAAGACAUUGAGAUUCCAAAUUUGUCUCUGAGGAAAAUGGUGUUGGUGGGGAAGACUGGCACAGGAAAGAGCUCUUCUGGAAACACCAUCCUUGGCCGAAAAGCUUUUAAAGCUGCCACAAGCAGCGCCUCCGUCACACAAGUGUGCAGGAAGGAGACUGGAGAGGUGGCUGGGAGGGAAAUUUUACUGGUGGACACUCCAGGUCUGUUUGAUCCAGAUCUCACUGAAGAAGAACUGAAAGGGGAGCUCAUUAAGUGCAUUAACAUGACGGCUCCAGGACCCCACGCCAUCAUUCUGGUCAUACAACUCGGACCCUUCACCAGAGAGGAGCAUCGGUCUGUGGAGAAGAUUAGAGCUGUCUUUGGAGAAGAAGCAGACAAAUACACCAUCAUCCUCUUCACUCACGGAGAUGAACUGACCAGUGAUAUUGAUGAGUAUGUUACACAUGCACAUAGAGACCUCCGUCAGGUCAUCCAGCAGUGUGGAGGGAGGUACCACGUCUUUGACAACACCAGAAUAAACGAUCGCUCACAGGUUCUAGAGUUCUUAGACAAAGUGGAGGAGAUGGUGGUCCGUAAUGGGGGCGAGUGCUACACUAACAGUGUGUAUCAGGAUGUUGAGAGAAUUCUCAGAGAAAAGGAAGAAGAAUUACGGAAACAUUACGAAAAGAAACUGGAAGAGCAGAAAGUGAAGCUGGAAUCCAAGUUCAGUGAGGAAAAGAGAAAACUAGAAGAUACAAUUAAAACUCUGAAACAAUCUGGAGAGGAAAAAGAGAGGAAAAUUGAAGAGCUACAGGUUUUAGAUGAACGGAAGAACAGGGCUAUGAUUGAGUAUAAAAGGUAUUAUGAUGAGAAGCUCACAAAAAUCAGACAAGAGGCAGAACAAACACAGUUUCCAGAGAUUUUAUUGAUGGAAAUGUUAAAGAGAUUAAACAGUCUCAGUAUCUGAAAGACAACCGUAUUAACAAUAUUUGUUUAUGUAUAUACAUAAAAUUAUAUUUUUCUGAACACGGUCUGUGUCUGGGCUCAUAAUAUGUAAUAUGUAAAGGUACACUGUAUAGACUCUGUCUUCUGUUUUUCAUCUACUUUAGUAUAACCAUUGCUGACAUAAAUGUGAAAAUGCAUACACACAGCUUGUCUAGUCCCUGUACAAUAUAGAAGAACUUUCUGAAGCAGAUAAUAAGAUAGACAUUAACGUAAACUCUAGGCCUAAUGCCAGGCUGGGUUUGAGGUGUAAAGUCUCCAGCAUUGAAUUGUUGAGCAGUUGAUCUGUGUUCUCUGGAGUGAUGAAGAUGUUUCCCAUACUUUUAUAUGGUAUGAGUUCGAGAUUACAUGGGGCGGAGAUCAUCCAACACCUAGACCUCACUUAUGUUGUUGUUGUUGUUGUUGUUGUUGUUGUUGAAUGUAAAAAAAAAUCCUCAGAUCAAUGCUUCACAAUCUAGUAAAAAGCCUUUUCCGGACAAUGAAGAC